AUGUCGACGCCGUCGACGGCCACGGCCACACUCCCGCCCCAUCAUCAAUUCUAUCCUCACCACCAGACAUACCCGGCCGGCCUGCCCAAUGCCAACCAAAUCGCGAACGGCUCCGCUCGAAUAGGCAAUUCCAUGUACGCCGGCUACACUAGCGGCGCCUCGAAUCCUGCCCCAGACGUCCGCCGCACCGCGAGCGCCCACGGCCGACACCCGCAGCUGCCGCCCAUCGCUGCCGCCGACAUGGGCGCGCCGUCUGUGGCCAGCGACGCCGACGAGCAGCACCGCCGCCAGACGAACUGGGCCGACUUUUACAAGAACGGCCUGCCCAAGGAGAUCAUAGUCAUCGAUGAUGACGACGAGGACGAGCCUGCCGCCCCCCGCCAGCCUGCGCUGCAGCGGACCGCCACGAACGGCUCCGCCCGCCACACCGACAAGAAGCGCAAGACGACGACCGGCACCACCGCCUACGACCCCGUCUACAACCAGCACACGUCGUACUCGACCACCCAGACGCCCUACUACGACUCGCCCAACCACUCCAUCUCCACCGACCGCACCACCUCGGCCCUCAACACCACCGCUGCCACCUCGCUCGGCUCGCAGGCCAGCAGCAGCCACCACAUCUCGCCGCUCGAAAACACUGCCGUCGGCCAGAAGAGGAAGCGCACACGCGCGGCCGCCCAGGACGAGGCUAAGCAGGCGAAGAGACGAGACCUGGACGAUCGCGACCCUUUUGCCCUAUAUCAGCCACCGCCCAACCCGGUCAUCAAGGCAAAGGAUGUCUACGUCCAAGUCGUUGCAGAUAAGUCCAACUACAAGGAUCAAAAGGUCGACGAUGAGGACGGCCACUAUGUCGUCGUGCCAGAAGCCGACCUCACAGAGCGAUACCAGAUCCUAAAACUCCUAGGCCAGGGAACCUUCGGCAAAGUCGUCGAAGCCUGGGACAGGAGAAAGGGCACCAAGUGCGCCAUCAAGGUCAUUCGCUCAGUACCGAAAUACCGAGAUGCUAGUCGCAUCGAGUUGCGCGUACUGUCGACACUGGCCUCCAACGACAAGCACAACGUCAACCGAUGCAUCCACCUGCGCGACUGCUUCGACUUCCGCAACCACAUCUGCAUUGUCACAGAUCUGUAUGGGCAGAGCGUCUUCGACUUCCUCAAGAGCAACAGCUUUGUUCCUUUCCCAAGUUCACACAUACAGAAGUUUGCAAAGCAGCUUUUUACAAGUGUCGCCUUCCUGCACGACCUGAACCUCAUCCACACCGAUCUCAAGCCAGAGAACAUUCUCUUGGUACAGAAUGCCUAUCAGACGUUUACCUACAACCGCACAGUACCGUCGUCGUCCACAACGGUCAACCGCACGGCAAGACAUCGCAAGGUCCUCCUCGACCCGGAGAUUCGACUUAUCGACUUUGGAUCGGCGACCUUCAAUGAUGAGUACCACUCUUCGGUUGUCUCCACACGGCACUACCGUGCACCGGAGAUCAUUCUCAACCUUGGUUGGAGUUUCCCUUGCGACAUCUGGAGCAUAGGGUGCAUUCUCGUCGAAUUCUUCACUGGCGAUGCCCUCUUCCAGACGCACGAUAACCUCGAGCAUCUGGCUAUGAUGGAGGCCGUGUGUGGUGGCAAGAUUGAUCGAGACAUCGUCAGAGCGGUCUACAAGCAGGACCGCACAACCUCUCGCAACUCAGCCAAUUCUGCCGCACGAUACUUCAAGAACUACAAGCUGGACUACCCAAACAACGAGAUCAACAAGGCGUCGAAGAAAUAUGUAAAGGCGAUGAAGAAGCUCCAUGAAACAAUACCGGGCCACACCGAUUUCAACAAACAGUUCCUUGACCUCCUAAGACGGAUAUUCGUGUACGAUCCCAAGAAGCGCAUCACCGCCAAGGAAGCACUACAACACCCUUGGUUCAAGGAGUCGCUUAUGGACGACGGCACAGAAGCACACAAGAUCCGGCUAGAGAGAGAAAAGAAGGCAAGGCGACAAGAAGAAGAGCGCCGGUACCAGCGGGACCGGCAAGAGAACACACGAGCGUACUAG